AGCAAGAGAAAAAGUAAAACCCUAGUACAUUUUCUACACAGUUCUUUCAUUUCAUCCCAAAAAUAACCUGAAAAACCAGUCCAAACCUAAAAACCCUAAACCCUAGAAAUGUCUUCUUCGCUCGCUAUUCGCCACGUCCGCCACCUCUCAACAACUGCGGCCGCUGCCGCUGCCACUGACGUCGCCGUCGCCUCCGCACGCUCCAUCUCCAAGGCCAAAGCAAAACUCAAAAACGAAUUCGACCCUGACAAAGUCCUCGAGAUCUAUUCCUCUGUCUCCGGCCACUACAAAACUCCUCUCUCCGCCCGCUUCGCGCAGGAAUUCACCGUCAAGCGCCUUGCGAGGUCUGAAAAAUUCUCCGACAUCGAAACCCUAAUCGAGUCCCACAAAAAUGACCCCAAAAUCACUCAAGAACCCUACCUCUCCACUCUCAUUCGAUCGUACGGCAUUGCCGGCAUGUUUGAUCACUCCCUCAAAACAUACAACCAAAUGGAAGAACUGGGCACGCCCAGAACUGCAUUGUCAUUUAAUGCCCUUCUUUGGGCCUGUAGCAAAUCGAAGCUAUUCGAUAAAGUACCCCAACUGUUCGAGGAAAUGCCUCAAAAGUUCGGAUUUUCACCUGAUAAAAUCUCUUAUGGUAUAUUGGCGAAGUCUUACUGCGAUUCGGGUUCGCCUGAAUUGGCCAUUUCGAGAAUGAAAGAAAUGGAAGAGAAAGGUAUCGAAAUUACGGUAAUCACGUUCACGACGAUAUUGCAUGCUCUGUAUAAGGAGGGGAAGAGUGACGAGGCCGAGAGACUUUGGAAUGAGAUGGUGGAAAAAGGGUGUUCGCUUGAUAUCGGGGCGCACAACAUUCGGAUAAUGAAUGCCCCCGGUCAAGAGCCGGAGACUGUGAAGGGUUUGAUUGAGGAAAUAAGCAAUGCAGGGUUGAAACCAGACACCAUUACUUAUAAUUACUUGAUGACAUGUUAUUGCAAGCAUGGGAAGUUGGAAGAAGCUGAGAAGGUUUAUUAUGAAGAAUUGAAGGGAAAUGGGUGUCAUCGUAAUACUGCCACUUUUAGGACUUUGAUAUAUUUUUUGUGCAGGAAUGGGCAAUUUGUGAAGGCGUAUAGGGUGUUUAAGGACAGUGUGACGUCUAAUAAGUUUCAGGAUUUCAAUACGUUGAAGCCUUUGGUGGAAGGGUUGGUGAAGAAUUCGAAAAGUAAGGAGGCGAAAGGGUUGAUUCGGACUAUGAAGAAGAAGUUCCCUUCUAACCUUUUGAAUACUUGGAAGAAACUCGAGGAGGAUCUCGGUUUGGUGGCUGCUGAUUCUUCGGCCCCUGGUGAAAACCAAGAGGCUACUACUACAUGAGUGUUGUUGGAAUUUUUGGUUAUUGGGGAUUGCUCUGCAUUUGUCCUGCAGCCUGAGUAAUUCACUUUUGCCUGAAUUUUGAGUUCAGGGAUAAUGUGAAAGUCAAUUCUGGAUUUUUCACUGAAGGCUGCUUAAUGCUUUGAAAGAGGGACAAGACAGCGGCUUUGUUUUAUUUUUAUGUUAGUCUUGGUAUUUGACUUGUUGCUUGUAAUUUUGGAUUCCCUUCGAAAAAAAAAGGCAAAAAAUGAUGGCGGUGGAAAGGAUGAGAGUUUAUUUAUAGCUGAAGAAGAACACCGGAAGCAGUGUAGGAGAGAUGGUCGAGUCCACAACUAGCUUUUAAGAACUAUCCUUCUUUCUUAGCUAUCCUUUCUGAGUCAGAUUUGUCAUGCCAAGGCUCUUGAUGAUAUGAAUGUUAACAAUAUCAUCCAAUAUAGUAUAUUAUUUGGCUCAAUAAGUAACUCUUGUUCUAUA